GAGAUUAUUCGACCAAGGGUGUGGUUUCCAUCUGCAUGAAGCGCUCUGCGCUAUCGCUAUAUAAAGCGGAACAAGGGAAAAGGGAAACAGAACACAUUCUCCCAUCUUGCCUUUCAGCACUUCUCUUCACUCUCAAUUCAACAUGCAAGUCAUCGCCGUCCUCUUGGUUUGCUUGGCUGCCGCCAACGCUUUCUACGUUCCAGCCACCACCUUCGUCCGUGCUCCGGCUCAUGACAGCGCCAUCAUCAAGUCCGACCGUCUUGGUGGAAACUUCGCUUAUUCCACUGUUGAGGGCCACGCCUACGCCGCCGUCACUCCCGUCGUCCAGCGCGUCCUCACCCCGGUCGGAGUCUCUCACCACGCCGUUGCCACCCCUUACUUCGGUUACCCAGCAUACGGUUAUUCCGGCUACCCUUACGGUUCAUUCGUCGCUCCCGCUGCCGUUGAUGCCAAAGCUGGCGAGUCCGUUUUGGUUGCAUAAACAAGAUAUUCCAAGAUGUACCGAUACUUACUUUGUUGAAUAAGAUUUACAUACACGCCUUUUUACAAAAUCGAA